CUUCUCUCUCUCUCUCCCUCUCUCUCUUUUUUUGUUUAUCAUUUCAGCAUUGCCCCCAUUCUUUAUCUUUUGAGCUAAAAAAAUAAAAGAAAAAACUGCUUUUGGGCCCUAAGAAAAGCAGAAGUAAUGUGCAUGGAUUGAUUGUGUACCCAAAUCUUCCAUUGAUUUACCAAUCGAUUCAGGUUUUGUUUUAUAACCAACGAUUUAUUUAUGACUUCCUCUUGCUACUCAUGUUUUGCAUUUUUCUGAAUCCUCUUUGCCUUUUUUCUUGAGUCGAAAUAAAACCCGUUAACAAAAAGAAUUUGUUGUCAUUUUCAUCUGUUUUUCUCAGUGUUAAAUCUCAGUGCAGUGGUAGACUCAAGUGGGUUUUCUGUUUUCUUUCAAAACUGCUCUCUCGUGCGAAAAAGAUUUUUGCCCUCCUUUUCUGAUUUGGCUUUGCUUUGAUUUUGAGAAAUUUUGUUAUUAUUAGAGAAUUGUGUGCUAUUAACUUUUGAUUGUAAAAUAGAAAUGGGGUUCAUUUCAUGAAUUGGGUUUUCAGAGGUUUUAGGGGAAAAAUAUUGUCUUUGACGAGAGAUUGCGAAUGCGGUUCAGUUCAUGAACACAAAAGUGGUUAAUUUUGCGGAGUGUGUUUUUAAAUUUCGAGUGUGAAAUGGGAGCUACAAAUUCAAAAUCUGAGAGGAGUGAUGCUUUAAGGCUGUGCAAAGAAAGGAAAAGAUUUAUCAAGCAAGCCAUUGAUUCGAGGUAUGGUUUAGCAGCUGCGCAUGUUUCUUACGUUCAGUCUCUAAGAAACAUAGGCAUUGCUCUGAGAAGAUAUGCUGAGGCUGAAGUCUUGAUAGAGUCCGCUCUAUCAACUACAGCCACUGAAAAUGAUAAAACUCCAUCACAUUCUUCAUACUUGUCACCUUCCCCAUCGCAUAUUGGUGGCACUUUAGAUUCUCCAGUGCUCAAUGGGAGCCCGCUAUCGCCACCUACAGCUAGAGUUAGUUACAUGAGGUCAGGUGGAGCUAGUGCUUUGACUGUCAGACUGAGUCAACCGCCUAGGAAUAUGUACGUCGAGGAGGGUGAAUUUUCAAUGCCUCCACCUCCGCCUCCUGAGCCAGGGUCUUGGGAUUUUUUUGACCCUGCUGAUGAGCGUGAGAGCUUUAGAUUUGUGGGGCAGAAUGGCUUGAAUUUGAACUUUGAUGAUGUGGAAAUAAAUGGGAAUUUUAGUGAGAAGGGUGUUGAUUUGGAUAACACUAGUGGGAUUCAAGAAGGGCCUAUGACACCGAAGUCAAAGACUCCAAGAAAUGGACAUGGUAAAUUGGUCGUGAACCAUUCAAAUUCAGCCAUAUACGAAAAGAAUGAAAGCAGUAGUCAGCAAAGAGUCUAUGGGGAAGUGAAAGAUGUAAACAAUGAGUUAAAAGUGAAUGGAUCAGCAGGAAAUGUGGCGGGGAAGGAUCCUUUAGAACAGUAUAAUUUGAAGAUGAAUAAAUCUGCAGUAGAGAAGGAUGUAUGUGCUGAAAGGGAAGAUCCUUCAGAGUAUAUAACACACAGGGCUAAAGAUUUUCUCUCUAGCAUAAAGGAUAUUGAUAACCGGUUCUUUAGAGCAUCUGAAUCAGGGAAAGAGGUAUCGAGGAUGCUUGAAUCCAGCAAAAUCAGUAUCGGAUAUGAGGCAAAAGGAUCUGAACAUGUGACCAAGGUUAUAACCUGGAAACGGACAACAUCAUCACGGUCUUCCUCCUCUAGGAGUCCUCUUGCCACAAAGGAUGACAAUGAUGACAGUGGAAGUGAUUUCAUUGAAGAGUUCUGCAUGAUUUCUGGAAGUCACUCUUCCACACUGGAGAGACUUUAUGCAUGGGAGAGAAAGCUGUAUGAUGAAGUGAAGGCGAGUGAGUCUAUCCGGAAGGAAUAUGAUCACAAGUGCGACCAGCUACGGCACCAAUUUGCAAAGGAUCUUAGUCCUCAAACAAUUGACAGAACUCGGGCAGUGGUGAAAGAUCUGCAUUCACGAAUUAGAGUGGCACUUCAUGCUGUCGAUUCGAUAUCAAAGCGAAUAGAGAAAAUGAGGGAUGAAGAAUUGUUCCCGCAAAUUAUAGAACUUAUUCAGGGAUUGGCCCGGAUGUGGAAAGCCAUGCUUGAAUGCCAUCAUAACCAGUACAUAACUAUCUCAUUAGCUUAUCAUGCAAAAGCUUCCGCUGGAAUUGUUCAUGGGGAACCACGGAGACAGAUUAUAAAUCAGCUGCUGGAUGAGGUCGAGUAUUUUGGCCUGAGUUUUGCAGAUUGGAUCAACAGCUAUACUUCUUAUGUGGAAGCGGUCAACAGCUGGCUACAGAACUGCAUUUUGCAACCACGAGAGCGACAAAAAGGCCGAAGAGCAUUCUCCCCUCGUCGAGUUCUGGCCCCACCUAUAUUCGUCCUCUGUCGAGACUGGUCAGCCGGCAUAAAAUCUUUGCCAUCUGAAGAAGUUAGUGAUGCAAUCAAAGCUUUUCUAUCUGAUUUGCGACGUUCAGUUAGACACCAGCCGGAUGAAUCCCACAAAAAGGAAACGGCAGAUGAUUUGCAAAAUAAUGAAGAAUCAGAGAGUAAAGAUGAGGGGAAAAGUGAAGAUCGAGCUUCAAAUUUAAGCUGCAUACAGACAAGUUUGACUAAGGUUCUUGACUGGCUGACUAAAUUCUCCGAGGCUUCGGUGAAAAUGUGUGACGAUAUUCGACUGAAAUGUGAAACAGCUCGAAAUGCAUAUGACAAUUAUAAAGCCCCACCAAGAUCCUUCAGCAUUUGAAAUGACCUACAGUUUCAUUUUAAUAUCGAGUUGAUUGUUGAAGUAGAUAUUUGUAAAUUCAAAAGUUUGGAGAGCUUUUUCUUUUUCUGAAACAAUCUGGUUGUAGGAUAAUAAAAUUUAUGGCAAAUGGAUUUGUGAAGGCGAGCUAGUAAAUUACAGAUCGCGACUA